UUCCUGGGCUCUUCCCUUCCUCUCUUUAUCAAAUGUCUCCCCUCUCCCUCUCCUUCCCUUUCAUUCUUCCUCUCUCCCUCCCUCCCCCUCUGUUUUUCUCUCUCUCUCUCUCUGUCUCUCUCUCUCUCACACACACACACACACACACACACACACACACACACGUGCACACACAUGGGCCUCUGGUCUUAGACCCAUUCUCGUUUGGCUUCCUCUUCAGGUCCCCUCUCUCCUAUGGUUUAACUAUCUUUUUGUCAUCCCAUGCCUCAUUCAUAGCUUCCUGUGUACCCUGUUUUCUUUGGGACCUAAUGUUCAGCUUACAGGCCUUUGCAGGUGAGGGUCUGAAAGAAAAGUCAGUUCUCAUCCCUUUCCAUUACACACAGUGAUGCUCUGAAAGCUGUGGCUGGCGGGGGAGUGCCCCCUAUUAAGGUUUGCUUAGUCCUACAGCAAUUUCGCUCAAGUGUUUCCUCCAGCCUCCCAUGGCAGCUCACCUCAUGUAAAGCAAAGCUGUAGAAGUCAUUGGGCACAGCUUCUAAUAGCUGCUACUCUUCAGGAGAAGAAAGGGGUCCCAGCUGCCCCUGAUGCUCAUGGCAAGACAUUUCUGUCACCAGGUGAGGACCUAUUGUGCAGAAGAUAGACAAAGGUCUUUAAGAAUUUUCAUUAAAAAGGUGGAAUGGAAUGAUGAGUAACAGGUAAUAAGCCACAAAUCAGUUAUGUCAAAGAGUCAUAACUUCCUCAACAUCCUAUUCAGAGGGUUCCAGGCCUAGUUCCUAGCCCUGGUUCCCUGCCCCUACCCACAGAACAGGUCUAUAGAGAGCCAUAUGGCAACUUUGUAAGAAUUGGUAAAAGGAAUCCCUUCUUCAUUACCCUUUACUCUCAUUUCUCAGAACAUGUGUCAUAAUACAUUCAUUUUUUUAGAAUAAGCUACUUUAAUGCUAACUGCCAGAAAUUUUAGAAUUAUGCAAAUUUACAAUGUCUAUGAUAUUUGAGGCAUUCUCUAAGUUUGGGCAGUGCACAACCCACAUAACUGUACAUAGCAGCCCCAGACAGAGUUGCUCAAAGAGCAGUUUUUAGAGCAGUGUUAGAGGUGCUGAUUGGUAGUUGGUUUCCAUGUAAAGCAACAGAUGAAGAUCAAGGGUAGCUGUUAUUUCAGGUGCCACCUGUCAACUGCCUUGUGCUAUAUGUGAACUCUAAUACCCAAGCCAUAGAAUGAGAGUCAUGGCCCUAGAAAAAUGAAAGCUUCCAAUGGAGAAGGGGCAGUCCCUUAGUGAAGUUCUGAAAGACAACAACUCCUGGGGGGUGAUGCUGGCUCCAGAGGCUGUCCAAGCUGUUUUCCAUUUGAAUUUGGUCUGGUCCUCUAUUUUAGAGACACAUAAGCCAUCUACUUAUAAAUAUGGAUUUGCCAUUACUUUCCUCCUAUAUAAUGGGUUAUAGGGCUGAGCCUGCUCAAUGGGGAGAAGCAAGGAGGGAUAGGGAACAGACCACCUCCCAUCGCUCUCUGCCCUACAAAGGGUUAAAUGAUGGAAAGCAAUCUGAGGAAUCCUAUGUGAAAGUGUGAGAGAGUGUGUGUUUGUGAGUUAUGAGUGUGUACGUGCGAAAGUAUGAAAGAGUAUGAGUGUGUAUAUGUGUGUGAAAGAAAAGUAUGAGUGUGUGAGAGAGUAAGUGUAUGUGUGUGUGUGUGUAAGAGAGUAUGAGUAUGUGAGACAGUGUGUGUAUGUGUGUGUGUAGUGAGGAGCAGCCGGGGGACCAAGAUACUUCCAGCCCACAAGGGAAGCAGCGAGCAGCCUUCUUUUGGUCUCAUGCCCCAGGGAAACUCUCCAGCCCUCACCCUACCACAUAGGCCCCAGCAUGAUACAGUACUGCAACAGCUGACACGAGUCCUGAGGUCACACUUGAGAAGCAAGAGCUCUGGGAUGAGAAAACCCAGAGCCUUUUGCUUCUCGAUAUAAGAUACUUUCCACAGCACCAAGAACUUGAGUGAACUCCCAAAAUGACUUUAGAGACCACAGGCCCAGAGGAACUUGGAGGUGCAGAAGUAAUUAGAAGGGAUGAGAUAAGCUAGGGCUUGUAAGUAACCUAGGUUUGGUUGGUAAGGUUGAAGCCACAGUUGGCUUUUGAAUACUUGGGCAGUAGUUUAUUAGUUGACCUCACGUUUUGCAGUCAACCAGUCUUGGUUGACAGCUCAACUUACCUCUGUUUGUUUUUUGAAACCCAAGUGCCUGACCCCUUGAAGCUUAGAAGGGCUUAAGAGAAAAUCAACCUUGUACUUGCCUGAGAGUUAAAACUCAAUUUGAAAGAGAGAAUGAUGGUGUAAGCAGACACUUCUAGCUCCUUCCAAGUCAAACAGGGCAGCAUUGCCAUUUUGCUUUAAGUGUAUUCCAAGAACACCAGACACAUCUGUAGGUACGAAACCCAAAGCUAAAUAUAAUACUGUUUGGGUUUUUUAAAUCACCAUUUUUGAGUCACUAGACUAAAGUUACUCCCUAAUUCAGCCGUGGAUAAGCAGCUGCUAUCCUCUUCAUCUCUAUCCAAAAGGCACUCAGAGUGUCUCGUGAUUCAUCACUUAGGUGUUUGGUUAAAAUAGAAGGAAAUGGAGAUCUCAGACAGGAAAAGAUAGCACUAGAUAUUUGGAGUAAUAUAGUUUUUAACAGUGAGUUUUGCAUAGGACUCUGAGGUUCCGGCAAGACAGAGCAAAAAGAAACAUUUGAUAAAUUCUAGAGUUGCCAUUUUUCUGGUCAAAAGUAAUGUACACCUUUGUCAGGAAAGACACAGCUCAAAGGUCUAGGACAAGCUAGGUGUGUGGAUGCUCAGAUGUUAUUUCCUUUCUUAUCCUGAUUACUAAGAUGACACAAAUUUGAUGGGAUUCUUCAGGAUUCUGCUGCACGGCUUCCCUGGCUCUUGAUUCUGAAAUUCCACAAAAUGCUUUGCCAGUAGCCAAAUCCAUCCCAUCUGUUCAGUUCACUCCACAGAGCCGGGUGGUGUCUCCAGUCAUAGAUGUGAUCGACUGGAAGACUUUCCAAUAUUACCCCUCCAAGGACCUGCAGCGCGGCGUGUUGGACUGGAAGCUGGAUUUCCACUGGGAGCCUUUGCCAGAGCGAGAAAGGAAGGUCCUCCAGUCCCCCAUCAGCCCCAUCAGGAGCCCUGUGGUGCCCAUUGGGGUUGUGGCCAUGGACAGACAUUACUUCCAAAACACUGGAGCCUAUGACCCUCUCAUGUCACUGCAGGGUGGCGAAAACCUCGAACUAUCUCUCAAGGUCUGGCUCUGUGGUGGCUCUGUUGAAAUCCUGCCCUGCUCUCGAGUGGGGCACAUCUACCGAAAUCAGGAAACCCACUCCCCCUUUGAUCAGGAGGCUACUGUGCGGAACAAGGUUCGCAUCGCUGAGACCUGGCUGGGCUCAUUCAAAGAAACCUUCUACAGGCACAGCCCAGAGGCCUUCUCCUUGAGCAAGGCCGAGAAGCCAGAUUGCACAGAACGUCUGCAGCUGCAAAGAAGGCUGGGGUGUCGGAUGUUCCACUGGUUUCUGGCCAACAUCUACCCUGAGCUGUACCCAACUGAGUGCAGGCUGAGGUUCUCUGGAAAGCUCCACAAUACCGGACUUGGCCUCUGUGCAGACUGCCAGGCAGAAGGGGACAUCCCGGGCUGUGCCAUGAUGCUAGCUCCUUGCAGUGACAGCCGGCAGCAGCAGCACCUGAAGCACACCAGCAGGAAGCAGAUCCACUAUGGCAGCCCACAGCACCUGUGCUUUGAUGUCAGGCAAGAGCAGGUGAUUCUUCAGAACUGCACCAAGGAAGGCCCUGCUAUCCAUCAACAGCACUGGGACUUCCAAGAGAAUGGAAUGAUUGUCCACAUUCUUUCUGGAAAAUGCAUGGAAGCUGUGGUGCAGGAAAACAGUAAAGAUUUGUACUUGCACCAGUGUGAUGGAAAAGCCAGCCAGCUGUGGCGAUUUGACAAUGUCAACACUGUGGAUGAACGGUGACUGUCAAAGGGAAAACAGAAGUUUAGUCAUCACAGUUCAGCCCCAAGAGAACUGAAAGAGCAUGUUUAUUUCAUGAAGCAGACCCUUUUGUGUUUGUGCUUCUGGUGACAGUAGAAAAGAAAGCUCCAUGAAUGAAUAUGGAAAGUCUUUGCUUCUUACACCUUAUUGCAUUGACUGCUGGCUGUUUUAGAAAAAGGAAAAAAAAUUCAUUGCUCAUUGUCUUCAUCACUGGUAGAUGGUCAUUACAUAGUAUGGAAGAUUAGGGUUUUUUUUUUUUUUCCCAUUGAGCACUUGAUAAUUGCUUUUUAUCUCUGAUAAAAGAAAGAGGCAUGGGCAGUCUCUGGCAACAUCUCCAAUGAUACAUAAAUCUAAUAGAUAAAUCUUUUGCAAAUGGCCUUACCUUGGAUCCUCUGUGUAGCCAACCAUGAAAAUUCAAGUGUGAAGAGGAUAUAAUGGCCUGACAUCCCAAAAACUUUGGAUUAAGCUCAUUAGGACAAAUUCCAUGUUCACUGGCUGAGCCAUAGCUCAGAAGAAGAAAGGGAGGCCACUGAGGAAGAGUAGAGUUCAAAAGAAGAUGGAAGAGCUUUGGCCCAAUUCUCCAGCUCAGCUCAGCUAGAAAGUCAGCAGACCUGGAAUAGGAUGUUUUCAUGUAAAUGAGAAUUUCCUCCAUACUUUCUACCUCCAUUCUCCCUGCCCUAGCCCUUCUCUAGCUUGGUUAACCCCAACCAGAAUCUCAUGCAAUGUAUUUCUCUUUAAUCAUUGGUAUUGGAAGGGUCAGCUUGGACUGAGCAUUCCCAGUAACAAAGUAUAUACAAUUGAGAAAUUCUCCUGAUGCCCUGUCAUAGGGUUUGCAUUGACUGAAUCAGAAAUAGCAACCUCCAUAAAGAAACAAGCCUCCCCAGAAGGGACAUGCCUGCACUUGAGCCAAAACUCAUAUGAAAGGAACCAGAGUUGGGUAUCAAUACCCAUUAGGGCUGAUGUGGCCAUUUCUGAGCCUGGGAUCCCCAAAUGUGCCUGCAGGUUGAAUGUUCAUAACUGGGGGAGCUACAUGCCUCAGCUAGAGCAGAGCCAGUGCUAGCAAGAGCUGAAGGGCUCUCCUUGCUGUGACCUGGUCUACCUAGUUUGGCCAUAGGGAGCUGUUGAGUGAAGUUGAUUGUACUGUUAAGAAGACACCAUUUAUCCCCCUGUUUCUCCUCUAAGUAGAGUUUGAUCUCUACACGGUCAGCUUAGAAACCUCCCUUCAAAGAUAUUAUCUCCUCUGGGCUGUCUCAGAAUUUAGAGUGUUUCAAAUAAGAAAAACUAGGUAGGAAGUGAGGGUUUCUAAGCAAUGCCUAUCAUAAUUAUGUAUUCUUUUUCCAUCAGCUUAAGUCAAUAGCCCACUGCAUUUUUCCUUCCUCAGAAUACACUCCAGACCUGUGCUGUCUACAGUAGCUAUUAGCCACAUGUGGCUAUUUAAAUGUUAAAUUAAAUGUUAAUUUUUAAUAAAAAUUACAACUCAGUUUCUCAGUUGUACUGGUCACAUUUCUAGUGCUUAAUAGCUGCUUGUGCCUAGUGGCUACUGUAUUGGAGAGCACAGAUAUAGAACAUUCUAUCACUGCAAAUAGUUCUAUUGGAUAGUGCUGAUCUCGAUAGAUUCAUCAGCCCAUUGAGAGAAGAGAUUUUAGCCACUGUCUGCUUCCUUCAGACAUUCUAUAUUUAAAACAAAUUCUCCUGACAUCCUGAGGCUGGGAUGGAGCUAAAAAAUUAUCAGAUGGCAACCCUGUAAAUGGUAUUAAUAGUUGCAAACUAAAAAUUAAACAAGACCUCUAUUUUUUUAAGUAAACUUAAUUAUUGGCAUUGUGAGUGAAGUUGCUGGAAUAAAUUAAUAUAAUUAAAUAAA